GGACCGGAGGGUGAGCGCCGCUGAGCGCACGCUCAGAGGAGACAGCUUGCUGGAGGCAGGAGAUGAUGGUCUAAAACCCUGAGAGCUGACGAUCAGAACGGAGGGGGGGGGGAGGUAGUCACGGAGGGGAGACAGCUAUAGGAGGUGGAGGAGAUGGAGGUGACAGCAAGGAGAGUACGCAACGACUAGGGGCGACUUCUGCGCCGACGCCGGGCAGUCGGGCGAGAGGAAAGCAGGGCAACGCUGCGGCGCUGCCGGCGGGCCCCGCCCGGGCAGGGGGUGCCAUGUCUCGAGAGCGGCCCCCCCGCACCGACAUUCCCCGCAACCUUAGCUUCAUAGCCGCACUAACAGAGCGUGCCUACUACCGCAGCCAGCGGCCCAGCCUCGAGGAGGAGCCGGAGGUGGAGCCAGGCGAGGGCGGGACGCGCCUUGGGUCCCGAUCCCGCGCUCACGCUCCGAGUCGGGGUCGCCGGGCCCUUUCUGCGCCCGCCGGAGGCGGCGGGGUCCGGGCGCCCCGCAGCCGCAGCCCCGACACCCGCAAAAGAGUGCGUUUCGCCGACGCGCUUGGGCUGGAGCUGGCCGCGGUGCGCCGCUUCCGCCCCGGAGAGCUGCCCCGGGUGCCCCGCCACGUGCAAGUCCAGCUGCAGAGGGACGCCCUCCGCCACUUCGCGCCGUGCCAGCCUCGUGCCCGCGGCCUCCAGGAGGCGCGCGCCGCCCUGGAGCCGGCCAGCGAGCCUGGCUUCGCCGCCCGCUUGCAGGCGCAGCGCAUCUGCCUGGAACGCGCCGAGGCGGGCCCGCUGGGCGUGGCCGGGAGCGCGCGCGUGCUGGACCUGGCCUACGAGAAGCGCGUGAGCGUGCGCUGGAGCGCCGACGGCUGGCGGAGCCAACGCGAGGCACCGGCCUCGUACGCCGGCCCGGCCCCGCCCCCGCCGCGCGCAGACCGCUUCGCCUUCCGCCUUCCGGCGCCACCCAUGGGGGGCGCCCUGCUUUUCGCCUUGCGCUACCGCGUGACUGGCCACGAGUUCUGGGACAACAACGGCGGCCGUGACUAUGCUCUACGUGGGCCCGAGCACCCCGGGAGUGGCGGAGCCCCGGAGCCCCAGGGCUGGAUCCACUUUAUCUGAGACGCUUGGGCCGACGGCGGGAAAGCCAAAGGCACCCAGGGGCUGGGGGAGCCCGAAGAUUUGGCGGGGAGGAAUGAGAGAAACCGAGAUCGGCUGGGAGCUGUCCAAGAGAGUCAAGUGGGGGAGGGCGAGGAGGAUGGGAAAAAUCAAAGGGGUGUGGGGGAGUGGGCGGAAUGAACGAAGGUCGGGGAGAUCGGGGUGGAAAAACAUUCGUUGGAUGUGAGUGAUAGGAACCCAAGGCAUAGAAGAAAGGAAACCAGAAAGGGCACUGGAAGGAUUAGAAAAAAGCGAAAGAUGGGUUUGAUGGUGAUGUCCUAUACCGUGAGCUAGUAUUGGGAGAAAGUUAGUGGGCUUGUCAGACCUAGGCAGUUGAAGGUUAGAGUACCUCUUUGAGACAGAGGAGGUAUUUUGUUUGAAGUAGGAGCCCACCCUACUGUGGUUAUUUGUAUUGCCAGCUCAUUCCCUCUUCUUACCCGCCGUUGCCUCCUCAGGUCCUCCAGUCCUGCCCGUCCUAGCUUUAUACUCAGCCAUAAUUGCCUUGCUUAAGUCCCAGGAACUGCUCCCCAGUCCCUGGCAUUAUGACAGGAUUCUCUUGUCAUUCCCAACGAUCCCUGGCUUCGUUUUCCCCUGACUGGCUGGGGAGUGAUGGCAGACUGCAAUCAGAGCUCCUUCCUCCUCCUCCAGGCAGCCCUGGGGAUUAAAAUGAAGGCAAAAGCAACUCCAGGCCUGUCCUUGUAGCCAAAUAAUGUCGUGCCUGAGGAGUUGGUACACUCAGGGGCUUCCAGAAAAAUGCCAGCCUCACCUUUCUGGAGUGCCUUUUAAUGACCUCUAAGCACUUUAUGCACUGUGUUUGUCAGGAACAGUGAAUCACAAAAAUCACUAUCACGAUUCUGCCUCAAGGAAAGAGUCACUGACUAGCUGUAUUACUUUGGGCAAAGUUACUUCACCUCUCUGGGCCCCAGUCUCCUCCUUGGGAAAUUAGAUUUUGACUAGGUGAUCUGUCACAGUCUCUUCUUGCUUUAACAUUUUAUGAUCUAUGAGUGGCAGAGUGUAGAUUAGAAGCCACAUUCUCCAACAUACAGUUGGGAGUGCUACAGUUCAGAACACACAGCACUCCCAGCAUUUGGUUGGAGCUGAGGAUGGGUCCUCCAGUUUUUGAUACAGAUAUCCCAGAGCCCAGGAAGCAUCCUAUAACCAGCUUGCAGCCUGAUGGUAUUCCAGGGCCUUUUUCAAACUGCAGCUCAUCCUCUGCCCAAUGCUUUUUGCCCUUGCCUGCACAGACUUCCAGUCUAGGUACUUUGAGACAAUUUUGGGCAGGUGCAUCUCUGUUGGGGAAAAUGAUGUUUGGGAGCCCCAGAGAUGAAACAACGUUGAGGCUCUUUUGAGGAUAAAGGAUUAUGGAUAUAAGAUAUGGAAAACAUUUCAAUUCAAGAAUUAAAGCCACUUAGUAAUUAAAUGGUACCAGAAGAUGGCAGUCUGUUCCAUACCCUGAGCAAGUGAAAUGGGAAAGCUGGACUCCUCUACCCAUUCACAAUCAUGCCUUAGGUCUCCCUAGUUAACCUCUGCUGGUAGUUUUUCCUUUCCUCUUACACUAUUCCUAAGCUCUUUGCUUUUUUCUUUCCUUGUCCCUCUCAUCACUUUCAUUUUUCUUUUAGCAUAUAGGGUAUUUACCUUCGUUUUCUCUUUUCCAUUUGCCUCCAUCUUCAUCCUUAUUGAUUUCUGCUAUUCCUUCUCCCUCCAGAAGGGGUGGAGAACCUACUGCCUUUUCUCCAAGACCAUGGUUGAUCCACCUUCCUCCCUCAGGCUCCUUCUUGACAGUCUUCUAGAAGGGAGAAGAGGGAAAAGAAGCAGUUCCUGAUGCAGAUGAACAGCUGCUCCCAGGUAACCAGCUCCCCACACCCUUUUCUACCUGUAACUAGUUUCUCAAAAAUGUCUGAAUCCUCUUCCUUGUUACUAAGUCAGAGAGUGCAUGCACAUGUGCCCCAUACAUGCAUUCAGAACAGAGUAUGGAGUGUGUUACCAGGCCCCUCCUGUCUAAAGCCUUAGUCCUUUGAAGGAAGAUGGCCGAAAGAGAGGAACCCCGAGUCGCUCCUCAAAGAAAUGCCGGUUUAAACAUCAUCCUUACGUGAUGAAGAAAACAAAGGAUUUCAUGCAUCUUGUGGAUCGCCUUCAGGUCGUAUUUCCAGCAGAGUGAAGAAAGAACCUCCUCGAAGCCACCAAGCAAAGCACUUUUUAGUCAUCAAUGAAGAGCCCAAGGGAGGAUGAUGGAGGGAGCCUGGGUCGAGGCUCAGUGUAUACUAAUCUCUUGCCUAAUGUGUAUGCGCUAUUGUCAUGUUGUAUUAACAAUCAUAAUAGCUCACAUUUACUUAUCCACUCAAAUCUGGUGUCUUGCAUGCAUUAUAAUUCUCAGAACAACCCUAUCAGUUGAGAAAUACUAUCCCUGUUUUAGAGAUGAGGAAACAGCUCAGAAAAGCAUAGUAAUUUGUUCAAGAUCACACCACUGGUAAAUGGCAUUGCUAGGAUUGUGAACUCAGGCUCUCCAGAGCUUCUGUAUAUAACCAUGUUACUAUAUUUUUUCCUUUAAAAACAAAACUGAAAAUUUUGCCAUAUAUAAUCUCUUAUUAAGAAAAGACCACAGUUUCUAACUGCUCUGCCUUCCCAUCCUCCCAGAUUAUUGAACUGGCUUAGGGAAGGCAAAGUGCUGAGGGUCCCACAAUCCCAUGCAGGAACUUGCUGCUCUCUCCUGUACCAGUGUCCCAGGUCUGCAGAAGCAGCAAGGGACCACACUGCCUGCCUGCUAGAGAACUUGGGAACCCAUUUGAACUCCAGCUUUUCCUUACAUUGGGAUUCUCUCCUGGCCUUAACCAACGUUCUACACCUGUUGGUGUGACACCCCUUUCUACUCCCCUGACUGGUCUUGAACUGACCAGUCCUUAAAGUUUCCACUAAAAGGUAUCCCUGACUAGGACAACUGCUGAAUGGUCUGUGCUUGGUCCCUCUCUGCGAGCCCUGGUAUUACUGAGUGGAUAAAUGUAAACUGGUUGGAGACGGAACCAAGGAUAAUCCAUUUUUCCCUGAGCUUUCUCUGUAAGAAGUACUAUGGUUCACCCACUCCCCACCCCCCAUCCUCAGCUUUAUAGAACCAACACCUGAAUCUUCUAGUUCUUCCCAUGUAGAGCUGCCCCAGGGCCUGGGGGUAAGCUGAUAGUCUAAUCUGAUAUGGGGAACACUAGGAGUUUGGUGGAAUCUUUAGAGAUGUGUUAGGUGUUAGGCAUUGGGAUGGGUCCUUUCCCCUGAAGGCUGAUGACUAUAUGAACAGGAGCAAUUUAGUGUAUAACAGGUCAGCUGUGGACUAGGCAGUGCUAGAAGAGAAAACAUUGCCUUGAUCAGGGGCUUGGGUCCUUGAAGCCACACAGCUGGAACACUUUUGCCCAGUCUUCCUACACUUAACCUGUCUGACAACCUUCCUCUCGUACCUUUGUUUCUCUUUAUGCACGUAGCUCAUUUCUCUUCACAAUAAGCCCUAACUCCUAAACUUUCCAAUCAAACUCCCACAUUCCCUUGCUUCUAACACCUGCGUUUCUCUGGAGCUCCUCUGGAUCCUUGCAAUCUGCAAGGUCAUAGAAUCAGAGACCUGGAAAAGCUUGUCUUUAGAGAUCACUGGGUCCAUUCUCCAGUACAAAUGAGGACACAGGUCCAGAGACGAGAAGACUUCAGCAGGGUCAGAGAAUUUGUUAGUACAGCUCGAGAUGGGGCUUGACCCCAGCCCUCCUGACCAUAUUCCACUCCCAGGCUACAAAACGGGCCUCUACAGUCAGACCCGCAGUUUUUCAUGGCAAGCAAUAGUAUCACAAAUGUUUCAUUUUCUGUUGCUAGCUUCUAUUCCCUUCCCCAUCCAGGCAUAAAAAGAAACAAAAGGCACUUGUAGUUUUCUGUUUUCCCAGCCUUGGCACUUCUUUGGGUGAUAUUGCUAAGGAACAGUGAAGUUGCUAAAAAGACUGAAUAAUCCACCUAUUGACAGUUAACCUGGAGAGGAAUUGAAAGUUUGCUUUGUGAAUCCCCCCAAACCACUGUUCUCAUCAGGCCCUCCCAGAGUGUCCUCACUCUCUUCACAGUGCAGCCCUGUUCACUGGGCCCCAGACCCACUAGUAUUGGGCCUCACUUCAGCUUCCUCAUGCAGCUGCCCUCCCUUCUUGAUAAAAGACCUCAUAUUUGAAAUAAAGUUGAAAUAUGAAAGUA